AUGACAAAUUUUAACCAUAUUAUUGCUCCGCCUGGUGCUCUUCCAAAAACCGCAUCCAAUCCAAACCCCCUAUCCCAACGCCCCGCCUCAAAGACCACAACUCCGACACCCCCCACCACCCUCUCGACCCCCUCACCAUCCAAGAACUCAACACCGUCCGCACCAUCCUCAACUCCCACGUGCUUCACUCCGUCGAUCUACAGGAACUCGACAAGUCCCUUGUCCUCGGAUGGAAGCACAGCGACCCUCUCUUCCACAGAAAGACCUCUAUCAUCGCACGUGUCACAGGAAGUCACUGGGGUGAGGGAUUGGGAUAGGGAAGACAAAGGGGAUCUGGAGAAUGAUGGAUGUGCAGAGGUGCGGAGGGAUCUGGGGAUCUGGGGAUUAAGAGCGGAGAGUGAGAGAGAGAGCAUAGAGUAA